AUUCACCGAAAUGGUCGAUGACGUCGCGCGUGGGAGCUGUCUGCCCAGCUUGCCAGCUCAGCUCAUGGAAGAGCAUCCGCCCAGAAUUACAAUAUUGGACCAAGAGACACAGACUGGAGGCCACAUUUUACUGAUAGACGACAACUUUACGCAAGCGACUCUACACCUUCAAUAUUGAUCAUGGCAGACCGAAGUAACAGCAUGAUCGCGAAUGAGGAAGCUAUCGACGAGAAUGGUUUUACGGUCGACACCAGCGACGGAGCUGAGGCAUAUCUGGCAUACCAAGCAAGAGAGCUAAAACUCGAAAGCGGAAUCGAUGUAUUAGUCGUCAACAGCGUGAUAUUCCACGACAAGAAGAUUCUCCUGAUCCGCCUUGUCGAUACAAUCAAGUCUUGGGGUGGCCGAAUAGGGACACCAGUAUUUCGCAUUAUACAACCAGGAGACCACGGCCUGGAUGUUAUAUUGAACUCCUCAAUCGACAAGCAAAUCCCGGAAGCAGAUGACAUCUCUGUUGCGGAAUUUUCCAGAGUUGCAGCUCGAACUCAAGUUGGUUUGGAUCCAAGCGAAUUUAGAAACAGUAAAGCUGCGACUGCUCUACUCACGGCAGUGACUCCUGGUGGUCUCAAAGAUACGACAUGGCUACGAGCAAGUUUGUUUUGGACUGUAGGAGAAGAGACUACGCCCACUGUUCCGAAAGGGUCUGUGGCCACGGAAGCAUGGUGGGCUUCUCGUGCUGAAGUGGAACAACUUAGCGAGGACGACUUCUUCUUUGGUCUGAAAGACGAUAUCGUGCAGGCUUUUGAUCUGCGGAAGGUGUAUUAGGCAUGCCUGUGGUGGCUCACUAUAAAGCUGGCACCUACAAGGCCACGAUUCACGGCACACGCAGCCAUGCGGGCUUGAAGCUGGAUGUAAAGUCACGUUAAGUGUGUCGCGGUGGACACUGGAGUCCGUCAAGACCAAGAGCUACCGUUGAGGGCCACGUCCAAUUCCUGGAUUACAGCACAUCUGCCAGCAAACAUGCUGAAAUAUGAGAAGACUGCGUCUCAAUAUACCGCGCACCAAGCCACGUUCAUAGGUGUAGUAUAAUUCUUG